AGUUGCUUAAUCCGAACUCCAAAAAUCCAGUACGACAGAUUCCCACCAUUCUCAGUCUUCCUCUGUUAUUACGGCCAACAAUAAUUUCCAUAAUUCUUCAUUCUUCAUUCUUCUUCUUCUUCUUCUUCUCUCUCUCGCUCCUCGAAUGCCACGAAACCCUAGCCAUCAGCUUCGAUCCCUCUCUCGCCGUCGCCCAUGGACCUUCCGACCUCCACCGACCGCAACGACGACGACGACGACGCACCAUUCUUCGACGCCCUCGAUGAAUUCCCCUUCUCUGAUUGCCUCGUCUUCUUCUCCGACGAUUCAGCGUCCUCGCCGGAGACUCCUCCCACGGCCGUCACCCUCCGCCGCCGGCGUUCCGCCUCCACUAUAAUCUCCGUCAAUGAAUCGAAGGAUUCGACAUUGGAUUCGUCCGUUAUUACCGAGGUUGAUUCUAUCGUUGAUAAAAGGGUGGAUUUUGAGGACAAGAAGAGAAGAGAUUAUCGGAGUUUCGAGAAGAAAGGGGACAAAUCAUCCGAGUCGAUUCAGGACGAUGAGCAUUCGGCUGUUACCACCGCGAGUCAAAUCUACGUCGGCGACUCGGUUGACUCGGCCGCGGAACGCGACGGCGGUUCUCUCUACAACUUGCUCAUAUUUAUGGCUGUAUUGGUGAUUAAAGCAAUUGGAUUUCAGAUUAAUUUGAUAAUUGCAUUUGUUACUUUUCCCGUUUGGGGUACUUAUAACGUUUACAUGUUUGUGACCGAUCCUUUCCGACUGAUGAGGCGUAGCAGAGAUUGUGUUAUUCGGAAACUGUGGAAAUUGUGUGAAUUGGCAUUUGGGUUGAUUAGUCCAUACAUACACCAAUGGUUGAAGAAGCACAAGGCGAUUUCGAAUGUGGCAUUGCGUUGGGGAUGGGGUUUGUUGUGUUCGUGCUACGUCUGCUUCAUUUUGUUCGGUCUUUUGGCUUCGUCGUUUGUGAUCAGUGGGAUAAUGGUGAAGUACUUUGUGGAGGAACCGUUACAGAUGAAGCAAGUUCUGAACUUUGAUUUCACAAAGCAUCGCCCGGUAGCAUAUGUGCCGAUAACGUCUUGCGCCAGUGUCGGUUGUGACAUAGAUUGCGAAAAACAAAUGGAAGAUCGGAGGCGAACCGGUUUUCGGGCCAUACCUUCUGGUCACAAAGUGAAGGCUAUUGUCUCGAUGACAUUGCCCGAGUCAGAGUACAACAGAAACCUUGGGAUGUUUCAGGUGAGGGUGGAUUUUCUCUCUGGCAACGGUGAAAUCCUUGCCAGUUCAAGACGUCCUUGCAUGAUACAGUUCAGAAGUGAGCCGAUCCGCCUUUUGUCAACUGCUGUUAAGAUUGCUCCACUUCUUGCUGGCUAUUUAUCAGAAUCUCAAACACUGAAUGUGAAGUUCAAAGGUUUUAGCGAAGGUGCUAUUCCCACUGCGUGCUUAAAGGUGACAGUUGAACAACGAGCAGAAUACCCGCCUGGUGCUGGCAUUCCUGAAUUAUAUGAUGCAUCCUUAAUUAUUUCGUCAGAACUUCCCUUCUUUAGAAGGAUACUGUGGUAUUGGAAGAAAACCAUAUUUAUAUGGAUUACAAUGGCGUCGUUCAUGACUCUGGUGUUGUGUACUCUAGUUUUUUGUAGACCUAUCAUUAUGCCGAGAUCAAGACCGAGCAUUCGUGCUGUUAGACAUGGCGCUGAUUGAAACAGUCUUGUGGAACAAAGUUAGCUUAGAGCAUGCCUUGUAGUAAUAUUUUGACGAUGAUGGAAGCUAUGAGAUUUUACCCUGGAUGGGUGCCAUCACGUGUGACAGGAUACAACAUAUGUACUGUAGGCAUGGCAUCCUAACUUCUGCUUUUAGCCUCCAUGUUUUCAUUUUGUUUGAUCACCAUGUACAUGUCAAUACACUUUACAUAAGAUGGAAAGAAAGUUGUAUUCUCUGCCGCGUGUCCUGUUUUUGUUGAUUUUGAACGUUUCAGGAUUUGCAGAAACUUGGUUGCAUUUGCGAGAUGAACUUCAGUUGUGAUGGCCAAUAGAAUGAAGUGGAGAAAAACAGAAGGAACAUAUAUGAUGGUAAAAGCUUCAUGACUGUAGUUUGUUAAAGUUCGAAGAAAUGUAGUCAUAGUUCGACGGUAAAAGCUUCAUGACUGUAGUUUGUUAAAGUUUGAAGAAAUGUAGUCAUGGUUUGUUGAAGCUUGAGGUACAACAUUAAAGUUUAAUGAGUCUAGCAAUAGAAUUCCCAAGCAUCUGUCGUUGAACAUUAAAUCACAGUUUUUCUUAGUCGAGGGUGACUGCGACCACGAAGUGUUCACUUUC